AUGGGGAAAGAGAUUCCUUUGGGGAAGGAGCGGGGAGUCCCCACAGGUGAUGAGUGUCGGGGGCAGAUCUCCCUCCUGAUUGCCUUCCUCUGCGUGAAGAACUCCCUGUGGACGGACUACAGUGCCUACAGCUACUUUGAAGUGGUCACCAUGUGUGACCUGCUGAUGAUUCUGGUCUUCUACCUGGUCCAUCUUUUCUCCAUCUACAGAGUGCUCACCUGCAUCAGCUGGCCACUGGCGGAGCUUCUCCAUUACUUAAUUGGUACCAUCCUUCUUCUGAUUGCAUCCAUCGUGGCAGCAUCCAAGAGUCACGGCACAGACGGCCUUGUGGCUGGAGCGGUCUUUGGGUUCCUGGCUACUUUCCUGUGCAUGGCAAGUAUCUGGUUCUCCUACAAGAUUUCCUGUAUAACCCAGGCUACAGCUGCAGCUGUGUGAUGGCAUCACUCGAAAUGCCUCCUCCCUGGCAGGAAGAGUCCACGUGGGGCCAAAGGGGGAUGUGGCUGAGGGGGGCCAACCAGAAGGACCACCUGUUGUCACCGAGAUAAAGGAAGGCUUUCGAAGCAAAGUUCUUGGAGCCAAAAGACUGCCCCGAAGGAUGGAGAGACCUCCUGAGAAUUCUCCGAGCCCCUUCCUGGAGUUCUGCCCAGAAGAUGGGCUUCCAGGUCAUCUCAGCAUUCCCGAGACUUACUCCAGCUUCCCUAGCAACAGCCCUGCCUCUUCUUGGGCAUGGAAUGGGGCAGGAUGGGAUGGGCAGGAAAACCCCUUUGCCUUCUUCUGUGUGUGAAACCUCUUCAGGUCCCGGAUCUCCCAUUUCAUAGAAUAGGGGGGCUCUGAAAACAAGUCUUUGUCUAUGUCUGCCUUCAGUUCCCUCUGACCUGAAGGGUCGCUAUUUAGCGGAACAUGAUAGAAAUCCUUUUGUAAAAUAACUCCCAUCCUCCACCCCCCACCCCCCACCCGUCCCUAAUUUAUCUGCUUUUGUAAAUCUAAACUUGGCGAUCAACAUUUGGCUGGCUAAAAGUCCCGAUAAACACGGUCCAAGCAGGAAAGCGACCCCAUGCCUCAUUCUGGCAUCUCCGCCCCUUGCUACCACAGAGAAGUAAAGCCUAUGCUUGGUUAA